CGGACCUUGGGUCGACAACAAACGGUUCCCUACUGCCUGGUGCCUGUCGUGGAGAAGGCCCCGUUUUCCAGGCCGUUUUCCCCUCUCGCGCCUCGCCUUCCUUUGUUCUUCUUCUUCUUCCUCUUCUUCCUCAAAUCCGAGUCCGGGGAAACACUUUACUUACUUCCUGCGCGGGUUUCCAGCUCCUUCAGUCUACAUCGAACAUUUAGCCCAGCAAUCCCGAAAAGACAACAAGGCGACACCCCAGAUAUCACAUCAACCCCAACAAAACCCGUGCAACCAUGUCCGACGACGAGGUCGAUCCGGAGCUGAUCGCACUCCUCCGCAAAACCCUGGGCCUGGGAGGCGCCUCCGACCCGCGAACGGCGCAGACGAAAGUGCUGGAGAAUGCGCAGUACGCCUUCGACAACGCCAUCGAUGUUGCGCUGAAUGUGCCCAAGACCAAAGAAGCCGCAGAGACGAUAUGGCGUCUGAUGCAGAAGAAGGAGUAUUCGACACAGACGUGGUCGGAACAUGAGCUGCAUCCCGAAGCUAAAGACGAGAAUACCGUCAACUUCAUCUUCACCAUGGACCUGCUCAAUUUCAGCUUCUGGUCCGAGCUGUCAACCGAGGAGCGCUUUGCGAUCGAGUAUCGCGGAAAGAGGUGGACUGGGUACUGGAGCUUGGUUGCUGCGCUGCAGAGGGCCCUGGAUGAAAAUAUCCCCAUCACGACCCCGGGGUUCUGGACGAAGGAAGACGAAUGUACCGAGGAUCUCAUCAAGCAUGUAUUUCGCUCCGCCACCGACGAGGAAAUCCCGUUGCUUCAAGAACGGCUCCAAUGCCUGCGAGAAGCUGGUCGGGUUCUUUGUAGGGAGUACGAGGGGAGCUUUGUGAACUGUCUUUACAACGCCAACUACUCGGCAGCAGCGCUUGUCAACCUCCUAGCAGAGAGCUUCUCCUGUUUCCGUGACGAAACCACCUUCCACGGACGGCGGGUGCGGAUCUACAAACGGGCCCAGAUCCUCGUCGCAGACCUAUGGGCCUGCUUCAACGGCGAAGGCUACGGUGAAUUCCACGACAUUGACAAGAUUACGAUGUUCGCAGACUACCGCAUCCCCCAAAUGCUCCACCAACUUGGCUGCCUGAUGUACUCACCCCCACUCGAAAGCCACAUCCGCAGCCUCAAGCCGAUUCCCAGCGGCUCGAACUGGGAGAUCGAGCUCCGCGCGACCAGCAUCUGGUGCGUGGAGCUCAUCCGACGGGAAAUCGAACGGCGCCAUCCCGAGAUGAAAUCGACGCCCCUCUCAAACGCAACGCGGAAGAACUCGCCGUCGCCCGAAGAAAACGAAGCCAGGAGAGAUCAGCAGAAGAAAUGCUCCACCCAGAAGCACAUCAAGAAGGAGAGCGUCCACGAACCCACCGGUAUGGGCAUCAACGCGGUCCUCAUAGAUUUCUUUCUCUACGAUACCAUGAAAGAUUUAGAGAAGGAUGGACAGGAGUCUAUCCCCCAUCAUCGCACGAGGAGUAUUUGGUAUUAGAUUUGCCUUCGCUGGAGCAGAUUUAUUCUUCUUCUCCCCCCUUCUUUUUCUUCUACUUCUUCUUGUGUUAUUUUUUGUCCUGGUCAUUUACACUAUACCCUGUCUCGAUGUUUGGGGUGAUAAGUAUAGACUUGACGUGCAUACAUUUUCAUUGAUA